GUCAGUCCGCCAAAGUCAUCUACGUAGGCCACUGCCAAAGCUCGGGCGGUUGUCACUCCCCGACCGAUUUGUUAUGUAAGUUUUUGAGCUGGAAGAUUCAUCUUUCGUAUCUAGGUCUUCGCUCCUCAGUUCCAUGCUCUUUCGCUUCGCAAUUUCACUACCUUCGCAAUGAAACUCUGGCGAUGUCACGACCAUCAUCUGACUCUGCCCCUUCGAGAUCAUCAUUUCCGAGCUGAGAGAAUGUCAGUUUGCUGGAUGUAAUGCUUAUGAGCUGAGGCUGGAGGCAGCACUCCCCGUUGUCGUUCAGAUACUACCUAUGCCGAAACCGUUCGUUUUCUUCUCUACUGCCUACUUCCCUCGUGAUCAACCUCGAAGAAGUUCGCACCAGUUCGGGCUUCUUCCUGCUCUCCAAUAGGUUCCAACGCUCGGCUUGUCUAUGGCCGUCGGAGUAAAGAAGACGAGAUUCGAACACGACUCACAGCAGCUAUUACGGUAUUCCAUCAUAUUCCUAGCAGACUACCGCGGAAGCGGAAUCGCUAUACGAGGGCACCUAUGCUCUUAAGAGCACCACGUUAUUCCUGCGCCCACCUCGACUUCACAGUUGCCUGCCAUCGCACGCUCAUCGCCAUCUUCCAGAAGAUCGUAGACGCUAGCGGAAGUUUUCUGACUUGUCAGUCAUCUCCACCUAUCCCAAGGCUCUUCUCUCUAGCUUUCCAACAUAUCUCCCGCCCAAAUACCACCGACUGAGUUCGUGUCUAUGGCCGCGAAAGACGAGAAUGGGACUCUGGUGGAGAUUGGACCACUGUCUCAGGACAGUGGUACGUCACCAGACCUAGAUUUUCCUGAUGGAGGAUUCCAAGGAUGGAUGACUGUACUCGGAGGCUUUCUGGUUCUGUUCUGCACGACAGGCAUGAGUCAGAGCUUUGGAGUCUUUCAAGACUAUUAUACGCGCAUCUCCCUGAACGAAGAAUCGGCGUCGGAUAUAAGCUGGAUAGGCUCGGCGCAGUUCGGCCUUUUCUAUUGCAUAGGCCUUCCUGCUGGAAAACUAUUCGACGAAGGCUACUUUAAUCAUAUCAUGGCCUUUGGAUCUGUGCUGUUCACUUUCUCCCUAUUCAUGGUAUCGAUUACGGAACCACAUCAUUACUAUCAGGUUUUCCUUUCACAAGGACUGGGUAUGGGAAUUGGCACGGGAUUCAUGCUCAUCCCAACGCUCUCUGUUAUUUCACAUUAUUUCCGAAGGAGACGGGGACUAGCCCAGGGUAUUGCAAUCUCAGGCUCCUCUCUAGGCGGCGUGAUCUGGCCUAUAAUGCUCAACCAUCUAAUUAACAGUAGUGUAGGUUUUGCUUGGGCAGUCAGAGCGGUCGCGUUUAUCACAUUGGUUCUUCUGCUCGUUGCAAAUCUCUUGAUGAAAACUCGCCUGCCGAGUCGGAAGGAGAGAGUUAAUUAUGUAGCGCCGUCUCUCCGUUCUAUUCUGAGCGACACGCCAUAUAUACUGUGUAUCGUUGGGGGUUGGCUUGUCUUCUGGGGAAUGUUUUUCCCAUUCUUCUACUUGCAAUUGUUCGCUGUUCUCCACGGAGUGUCUACUAAUUUAGCGUUUUAUUCCAUCACAAUCCUCAAUACUGCCUCGAUUUUUGGAAGGACGAUACCUAAUUUUCUCGGUGACCGCUGGGGAAACCUAAACAUCAUGCUUCUUCCGACUGUAGUUGCAGCGUGUCUCAUCACAGUGAUGUUGCGAACGCCGACUUCCGGAGGAGUCAUCGUCUUUGCAAUUAUGUAUGGAUUCUUCUCAGGCGCAUUCUUUUCAAUGAUCAACCCGGCUCUUACUUCAUUCGCAACCAGUCCGAAUGAAGUCGGAAUACGCAUCGGUAUUGCAGCGUUUUUCUUCGGGAUUGCUCUCCUCACUGGCACUCCCAUCGGCGGAGCAUUGCUGGAUCCGCCUCACUACAUCUGGUCCAGAGCAGUGGCAUUCAAUGUGGUAUGCCGACUCAAAAAGGAUUGA